GUGCAGGGGAAAUGUCGGUUGGAUGCAGUGCUGGCAAAGAAAUCGCCUUCUGCAAAACGAGGACCAGAUAACUUUAUUAAAACGAGGACAUUUGAAGCUCACGGUCUCCCUUUCGUGAGUUCGUAUGAAAAUUCCAGAGAGGAGGAAACUUUGCAGAACGUUUCAUGCAGUGUUUACAACGGCUAACUCAAUUAGAAACCACACAAGAGCCCUGCUGCCAUUCAGCUGUGUUUCCCUACAGGCUGCAUUAUAUAGCUCUCCAACCAGUCCCACAACGCUGGGAAUGAUGUCAUGGGAUCAGUUCAGGGAGAUGAAAGGCUGAAAGCGGAACCCGCUGGCACUGGGGAAAGCUUCCAACACACAGCUUGAGAACAAAAAGCAAAGAAAGAAAAGCCUACAGAUCCAGCCAUUCAGCUCCAAGAAGCACGACUUUUCCCAACCAAAAAAAUAUAAAAAAGGAGGGCAGAUGGACCUAUAGGGAUGAGUUUUGAUGCAAGGCGCUUGAGAAAAAAAGAAAAGCAAGCCAGCAAAGAAGGAAACAUAACUACCUGCUGAAAAGAAAGUUCUUUCUCUCGUCUCCAAAGCCCAAGCCUUUGAUGUAUGGCAACAGAUCACUGAUCAGAUUACAGGCAUUGGGUUUCACUACUCGUCUGCCUUUGAUCUGCAUGCUUAAUUUUAUUUUCCUGGAUUUGAAGGUUGCCUGGGCUUGUGCUGACAUACUUUGAAAGAGAGAGAGAGAGAGAAAAAAGCAGAUGAAGGCAUUUUAUACAGAAGCUCUGGCAGAGUGAAAUUCAGUUGCAAGAAAGGGUGGCUGUUGGAUAAGUCUCAGCCUACAUCAGAUUUAAUACAGCAUUAAAAGGAAGAUUUCAGAUAUGUAUAUAAAAAGAUGUCAAUGGUCGUCCAUAGCAAAGCUGCUGAUAUUUUUGAUAUAUUAUUCAAAUCCUGUAAUUUGUGAAACGGGCGGCUGCCGAGAACAGGAGUUUAGAGAUCAUGAUGGAAACUGUAUGUUGUGUGAACAGUGCGGACCUGGAAUGGAGCUCUCUAAGGAAUGCGGCUUUGGGUAUGGGGAAGAUGCCCAGUGCAUGACAUGCAGGCCAAACAGAUUCAAGGAGGACUGGGGCUUUCAGAAGUGCAAGCCAUGUUUGGACUGUGCUAUCGUCAAUCGGUUUCAGAAAGCCAAUUGUUCUGCUACCAGUAAUGCCAUUUGUGGAGACUGCUUACCAGGUUUCUACAGAAAGACCAAACUUGGAGGAUUCCAGGAUAUGGAGUGUGUUCCUUGUGGUGAUCCUCCUCCUCCUCAUGAACCUCACUGCACUGCAAAAGUCAACCUGGUGAAAAUCCCAUCAACUGCUUCAAGCCCACGGGACACUGCUCUGGCUGCUGUGAUAUGCAGUGCACUGGCAACUGUGCUUUUAGCACUCCUCAUCCUAUGUGUUAUCUAUUGCAAAAGGCAAUUCAUGGAAAAGAAACCAACAUGGUCUAUGAGGUCACAGGACGUUCACUAUGAAGGCUCUGAACUGUCUUGCUUUGACAGACCACAAUUCAAUAUGUACACUCACAGAACAUGCUGCCAAUGUCAACGGGACCCAUCACAGAUGUGUGGUGCAGUGCAUUUGAUUCCAUCACUGUGCUGUGACGAGACAUGUAGCUUGGAACACAGUUGUCAUAACUGUACUUUCCACUCUCGAGCCACACUUCAUGAAAGAGGUUCAAGUUCAGUUGGGGAAAUGAUUCCAGCCUUCCUUGGUUCUCUGUCACAUUCUGCCUGUGGAGAUCUUUCAGAUGCUUGGCCCCUGAUCCAAAAGCCAACUUGUUGUGAUAGCAUUUCUUCCUGUGAAUCAUAUCCUGAGCUAAUAGGAGACGAUGAAAAUUCCUUCAGCCUAGAGACUGAAAAAACAGCCAUUGUGGAUUCUGAUCAUGAACAGGAUCUAACAGUAUUAACAACUGCAAAGUCUCAUUUUGGAAGCCUGACAGAAGCAACUGAACUUCCUAAAAAGACUUAUUGUAUCACAACUUCAUUGAGCCACUUUAUGGCUGCCGAACCACUGUCAACAAGAGAGCAUGACAGAACAGUUAGCAGUUCAACAAACUGAUGAACAGGAAUCUAAAGGACGCUCCUUGGCAACCCAUCAACUGAAUGCUUCCCUCCAUGCCUCUCCUCUAAUGCUUGUGAAUGGAAUGUAGCCUGGAUCUCGAUGUUACAAGGUUUCAGAAACAGCUGAAAUAAACUGGCAGCAUUUCAAAGCUCCUGGGCAGUUGUGUUUGAGGCACAGCAGCUGUAUGGAAAACUUCAAGGAGAAGCCUGGUAAAAGGCCAAAGGCCUUUCCAUGCUUCUCCCUCUCCCUCUCUCCCUCAUUCUUUCUCUCUCAUAAACAGGAGGAUUCUGUGUGUCUCAUUGACUCACAAAGUUUAGACUAGUCUUGCAGCUAAGAAGAUUAUGUAAAUAGAACAAGCAAGAGAAUAGUAUGGUUGUAUUGUGUAUGGCUGCUCACAGCAGCAGAUGUGUGUUGAGGGGUGCCUGUUAUUUCUUGGCAAAAGGAAGCAUGUAAUAAGACUUUCAACAAGCUGUGCAGAUUCGAUGUAGAAUGUGUCAUAAAUCUCAUACUGCAGAGAAUCCUUUUUUAAAAAAUGAAUGUUUUUAUGCUUCCAUACAUUAGUUGAUUGUGAAUUGUAAACUAUGAUAUCUGACAUUUGCCAUCCUAUAUGUAUAAGUGUUUGCCGGAAGUGCUAUCAGAAUUGCGAAUGUGCUUUUUCUAGCUCGAUUCUGGGUAUAUUUACACAGAAUUGUGUCCCAGCUGUAUCAGUGAUCAGGUAAACGUACAUAGUAUUACAGCGCUAAUGUGGUAGCAACUUUCCACCACUGAUAUUUUCCCCUUCCUAAAUAUACUAACAUCAGCUUUCAAAUAAAAUAUUUGCAUUUAUAAAAUAGCACCACUGGCAUUAUCUACCUAAAACUAAGCACAUAGAGGUGCCAGUUAUUUAUUUAUCUAGUUGUGUGGAACUCCUAAAAUAUCAAUAAAUACUCAUUGUGUCUAAACUUAUACCCGAUGUUUUUAGGUUUAAAGUACAGGAUGAGAUCGAUUCAAAGAUAAUGAAGCUGGUGGGGAAAAUACAGUAUAUACCAGGUAUGGGCAAACUGCGGCCCUUUGGACUCUUCUCUCAGGCCCCUCUCUGCCUCAGUCCUCCUCUGACGCAGUGGCCCUCUGUGCCCCCAGGCUGAGAGGAGAGCCAGGGCAAAGACAUGGUGCUGGUGAGCACUUUCCAGAGAGUUCUCACCAGCACCUUGUUUCUCCUUCUCCUCUAAGCCUCUGGACUCAGAGACGAAGCAGGGAGAAACAUUGCACUGGUGAGUGCUCCCUCCAACGCCAUGUCUUUCCUUCUCUUCUGAGCCUUGGAAAGGUGGGCUUUCCCUGGACUCAGAGGAGAAGUGGGGGAGAAACAUGGCACUGGAGAAAGGGUUAUCACCAGCUCCAUGUUUCUCCUCCUCUGAGGCUUGGGAAGGCAGCGCACCUUGCCCGGAGUUAGAGGAGAAGCAGGGGAGAAACAUGGUGCUGGAGAAUGGGUUCUCACCAGCUUCGUGUUUCUCCUUCUCUGAGGCUUGGGAAGGCAGUGCGCCUUUCCUGGACUUAGAGAAGCAAGGGAGGAACACAGCGCUGGCAAGAAUGUUCUUGCGAGGGCCAUUUGCAACCCCACCCCACCCACUCCUGUCCCAACCCCACUCUCUCCCUCCUCAACCUUGCCUUCUCUCUCCCCCAUCCCUUCCAGCCCAGCCCCUUCCGGCCCCACCCGCACUCCCUCCUGGCCCAAUCCUUGCAGCCACGCCCAGAAGGCGGACCAAGGGCAAAAAAAGUUUGCCCAUGCCUAGUAUAUACUCAUGUUUGAAUCAACCUCAUAUGUAAGUUAAGAGCAGGUUUUGGAACCAAAAUUAUGGAUUUUGAUAUGAUCUGUGAAUAAGUGCAGGGCUAAUCCAUGGAAAAGCAAAGCACCAAUGUUGCCUCAAGAGCCAGCUUCUCCUGGUUCCAUCGCCAUUUUUUUCACUAAAUAUCUCAGAAGCAGUCGCAUUUAGGGUUUCUUUCACAUUGAAAAGAUACACUUAUCUUCAUGAUGUAGGUGAAAAAAUCACAUGAUUUCAAUAUCACCACCCCUGCACCAGUUGCUGUUUUGAGCUUAGGAGAGAAAAAAGAAACUGCAUGUUUCUUUCAAGAAAACCAAUUUCUCACCCACGAAUACCCCCAGUGAAGAGGAAUAGAUGAAAUUAGAAAGAAACCUUCAGGGAAAGACACAGGAAACACACACACACACACACAAACCCUUUAACUGAACCAUAAAUCAGACGAACUAUCCCUCAACAAUGGCCCACAAGAACAAUUCCCAGAACCCAGAUACAGUCCAACUACCUUCAGAGGAGCUAUGUAUACAGUUGCACUGCUAUACAUUAUACUGAAUGACAAGUAUAUUCCAUUUACAUAAUUAAGCAAUUUAGGACUGCACUUCUAUGCGCACUUACUUUGGAGGCAAGAUGUCAUGAAUUGACUAGUUUUAUUUCAUGCAAACAUAUAUCAGAUCAGGCUACAAUGUCAGAAAACUGUUGUUACAGAACUCAUGCUGUUUUUAUACAGUAGGGGAAAAACAAGCAAAUAACAUGGACAUUUUUGUAUGAAGAAUUCUAUAUUUGUGUUAACCUUGUAAAUAAAAAUAAUCCAACAUGCAUUUCAGUAUUCUGCAAAACAGUUGAUAGAAUAGAGACUACUGUUUACUUUUUGAAAACUUCUUUCAAAGUCAUUUUGUUCCGUGUUUGUUUCCUAAAGGCACAUGUUUUGUCUUGGAAUUUACACUUUGUAUAAUUGAGCUUCUCCACUCGCCAUGGUUAAGAUCAAAUGUUAAAAAUGAAGCAAGGAUAGUGUUUUUAAAAUGUGUAUAUUAUGUAAAUAAAGUUUACAGAAUGUUUGAUUUAACCAAAUUGGACUUGAUUAUGUUGCCUAUGGCAAGCAAUGGUGUAUAUGCCAAGAGAAAACAUACACAGCCAUUCUUAAACAAAAACAUUUUUUCACUAUUUUAUAUGCAGUCAUUCAAGAAUAUUUGUGCAUGUGUGUGGAAAUUACAACAGUGUGUACAUGUUUAUUUUUUAUAUUUGUUAAUAAAUAGAUAUUAAAAUAUCA